UUAAUGACAAAAUAUUCUUUAGUUAUGGAAUAUGCUGAUGGCGGUACGUUAAAUACCUUUUUAAAAGAGCAUUUUAAUGAGCUUGAAUGGGAUGAUAAAUUUAAUUUGGCAUUGCAAUUGACGAGUGCAAUAUUAUAUUUGCAUGAAAAUGGGAUAAUUCAUCGUAAUUUGCAUACAGAUAAUAUAUUUGUACACCAGAAAAAAAUCAAGUUGGCUGAUUUUGGUUUGUCGAAGAGAAUUUCUGAAGCAUCAAAUAAUACAUCAAAAAUGGUUGACGUGAUACCUUAUGUGGAUCCGAAAAGCCUUAACAAAUACAUUGAUAAUGAUCAAAAUGAAAAUUAUAAAUUAAACGAAAAAUCUGAUAUUUAUAGCAUUGGGGUUAUUAUGUGGCAGAUUUCAAGUGGAUUUCGACCAUUUUACUCUGAAGGUGUAAAAUACGAUAUGACAUUAGCAUUGGAAAUACAAGAAGGGAAUAGAGAAGGUAUAAUCGAGGGCACCCCUCUUUGGUACAGCGAUCUAUACAAAAGAUGUUGGAAAAGUGAACCAGAUGAGCGCCCAAAUAUACAGGAUGUUGUCUCAACUCUUCGAACAAUUCCUAAAGAAAAUGAAUGGAUUAACUGGAUAGAAGAAACAAUUGCUAAUAAACACAUCAAAUAUUAUGAAUACAAAUACUUCAGUGAAAUUCAAGAAAUUGGUAUUGGCGGAUUUGCUAAAGUUUAUCGUGCAAGAUGGAAAAUGACAGGAAAAUAUUUUGCUCUAAAGACUUUCUAUAAUUUUGAAAAAAUUAGUGUCAAGGAAAUCGUCAAUGAG